AUGGCGUCGAAACAGAAUGGCAACAGUAUCGCCGCUCCACGACCGCCAUUUCGUCGACAAGGAUCAAGCAUCGGCGCUGGGCCUCACCCAAUGGCUGUGGCGCUUGCUCCCGUGCAUAGAAUUGAUUAUAGUGUAACAAAGGGAGGCGCACGUACCUGGGCAGUUCUACUCGUCUUUCUAUUCUUAUGCUCUGGUCUGUAUACGAUAUUCUCGUCCAAAGAUCUUUCAGAAGGAGUCGAUACUGAUGACGAUGAGGAUACUGAAACUCAACCGUUAGAAGAUCAAUUAUUUGCGGGUCUACGGAGAAAAAUUGAGAACAACAUAAAGCGGGUCAAAAGUUAUGUCAAGGAAAAAGAAACCAUUCAUGAGGCUCAAAAUGAGGAUGACUAUGGAGAGCCACAACUUCCUCAAAAGCGAACUAAACGAAAAAAGCAGAAGGAAGCUCGUGUGAAAGUUGAAGUACCAACGCAGGAACAAGAAGACGAUGUUGUUGAACCCUCUAAAGAAGAACAUGAAGCUGAUAAGGUAGAGAAGGCCCCAACCGAUACCGAUGAUCAGCGACAUCACCGCCGAAUGAAGACUCAUGGUUUUCGGCACCUAAUGGCCGACUCUGUUCCGGAACGUGAGUGCAAGCGUAAGCAUUGUCCUCCCUCAUAUGGAGCAGGCCCAAGGAUUUCGCUACUGAAGCGGAAAAACAAAGGCUCGAAAGCUGAAGUUGAGGACGAUGAAGGGGAAGAGAUCGCCCUCACCAAGCAGAGGACUAGCGGACGAGAAGCGUACAGGCGUCAAGCAAUAACGAAUCGGGACGAUCAUAAAAAUCGUGAUGCGCUGGAUCGAGCCGAUAAUCUCGUCGAAAAGCAUGAUUACAAUGGAGCGUUUGCAAUUUUCAACACCAUUUUACGCGCCAGACCUGAUUCACCAAGAGCGCACUUUGGUAAAGGAAGAGGCUACGAGCUCAGGGGAGAACUAACCAGCAGUGAUCGCGACUUUUCCCGUGCCAUACAUGAAUACGAACAAGUUCUUGACAAUGAAGAAACACCAGAUGCGUUAUUUCGACAAGCUGCGUCCCGUCUCAUUGAACUGUCCAGCUUUCGAGGCGAUUUCUAUAGGUCACUUCUGACACAUCGAAUGCUGGUUUCCAGAUUUCCAGACGAGGUGGAGCAUCAAACAAAUGUAGCGCUAACCUUCAUCAAGAUGAAAAGGCUAGGCGAUGCUAAGAAAGUCCUUCACGAUAUCAUUGAGAGCGACCACAACAAUGGCGUUGCGCUCGCCUAUUACGGAUACAUUUUGAAGGUCGCUGAAGAUAACGUGGAGCAGGGCGUAGCAUACAUGAAGAAAGGACUUCGUCUAGGAGGAGAUUCAAUCACUGAUGCGAAGUUUUACUAUCACCUUGGACAUGGUUUAAUGUUCCUAGGAAGGUCUACGGAGGCAUAUAGCGUGUUUGAACACGCUGCUUCACUUGGACUAUUUCUCUCUGCCCAACAACGAUCCAUGUACAACGUGGAGGGACUUACUGGCAGAGCAUGGUGGACAAGUGAGCAGACAGGCUACUCCAAAUAUCUCAAGGCCGUUGAACGCCAAUGGGUUUCCAUCCGAGCUGAAGCGGCUCGAUUAUUACAGUCGGUGCCUUACUUAUGGAAGGAGGAGAAUCCGGCAAUCACCGUUGAUGGAAGAUGGAUCGCAUUUCCACUUCUGGAAAACGGUCAUUUCAACACAGAAAAUUGUCGCAUGGCACCACAAACCUGCUCUAUUUUGAAAGAAUUCCGCGAAAGCAGUAACGCUAGCAAGUCUGAGAUGCGAUUUUCGGCACUAUCCUCGGGAGCACAAAUAUUACCACAUUGUGGACCGACCAACAGUCGGUUACAAGCUCAUUUGGGCUUGAUUGUACCAUCAGAAGCUAGAAUUAGGGUGGGUAAUGAGCAACGUGGAUGGAAGACCGGCAAAUUCAUUAUCUUUGAUGACUCUUUUGAGCAUGAGUUACAAUUCGAUGGAGCAUCCUCAGCUUCUCUACGUCUUAUCCUUCUUAUUGAUCUCUGGCAUCCCGAAGUCGAAUCGCGACAGCGAACAGCUCCCGAGGAUGAUUGA